UGGUGGUUGCCAGGGCCGUUGCCAGGCUGGGCCCGGCUGCCUUGGCGGGCGGGCGAUGGCAGUGCGCCGGCUGUGUGCAGAGGGUGGCGGCUUGCCGGCUCUUGCUGAUGUGGGAAAGAGUAGCUGAAGUAGCGCCUUGAGUACCGGUCUGACCUUCAACCGGCCGGGCGGAGGUGAGAGUUAACUCUUUGUUUGUGGUUGAAAUAAACCCAGGGUAUCGGAAUCAGGAGCAGCAUGUCCAAAUAUCCACAACUGCUUCGUAGACCAUUGCCACCAAAAGAUGCUUUUCCUUUUGAUAAAAUGUUAACAGAAAAUGCAUCAGGCCCUGCUGCUGUGCCCAAGAAAGAAGGUGACUUGAUCAAUGAAUCCGAGAUUAAGGAUUUAUCAGUGACUUGCAGGUCUUCUGGUCUAAAUGGAUUUCCUUCCCGUGGUGUUAUUGUACAUAGACAUGAUAAUCCAUAUUUUGCAGAGGAUGACAUUAAAUACUGUUUUCCAGCUGCUUUCACUUUGGACAAUUUUCUUCAAAAGCCUUGUGUGAAUCCUCCACCUUCAGAUGAGGGAAAGAUUGUUUUGUCUCGCCAUAACUUCAACAAGAUUUUGAACCUCCUUGAACCUCAGUUACUGAAGCAUAACCAGAAAAAAGUUCACAUAAUAGAAUUAUCCACCGAUGACAUUCCACCGGUAUUGAAACGAAUCCCUUGGAGACAGCAGGCUCUUGAAAUUAUUGCUACUGCCAGAAACCAUCGUGUCUCCCCAGAAUUGUCCAUCUAUCCAGGAGCUGAUCUGAAUUUUGAAGAAAGUGGCCAGUUUCUUGAACCUCCAGACUCCGAAUCCCCAAUCAAGGAGGAAGAACAAGAGGAACAAAUGCACCCGUAUGAAUUUGUUAUUGUUAGAUCAAUGGCAGCAGGAGGGGAGUCUAUAAAUCUGAGGGGAUACUUUAUUCACCAGCUUCCUGACCUAACUAGACUCGUUUCCACAUUAAAGUAUCUGAACCUGUCAUUCAAUAGUUUUCGGGUCAUUCCAACUGAGAUUUAUCAGUUCUCCUGCCUCGAAAUGCUGAAUUUGAGAGACAAUCCAAUUACAGAGAUUUCUCCUGAUAUUGAGAAACUGACCAAACUAAGAAUUUUUAACAUUUCUUUCUGCAUCGUUUCAAUUCUGCCUGUUGGACUAUUCCUCUUACCGCAUCUUCAGUCACUCAAUGUUGCCUACAACAAGAUUUCUUUCAUUCCCGAUGACAUUAGAAACCUCAGAGAACUUCAAUUUUUAAAUGUUGAAGGAAAUGAGCUAAGUUCACUGCCAUGUGGCCUUCUCAAACUCCCCCUGAAGCAUGUACGCGUGCAUAAUAAUUACAUACAUCCUUUGUUUUGGGAAGAAAAUAUACAGAACCAACCACAGCAUCUUACUGAUCUAGCUGCUCUCUCUUUCACCAAGAACAACUUGCAUCAGCAUUACUUGAAUAUACCUGAGGAGGUGCAAAUUAUACUGAACAAUGCUUCAGUUUGUGACUGCUGCAAUGGACCUCUGUUUGGUUCAGGACUUCAUCUGAUCCGGCCACGUAAGAUGAUCUACAAUACUGAAAGCCUUCCAUACCAAUUUUGUGCCUGUUCACCAUCUUGUUAUAAAUCAUUCAAGUCUAAGACUCACUGAAUAUACCCAUGUCCUUGUAACCUUGCACUACAAAAGGAAAGUUAUUAAGUACCAAGUGUUUAUUCUGCAUUUUGUUUCAUCUAAUGUGCCAGUUCUUUAUGCAAGGAUAAACUUGGUAAGCACAUAUUUAAAUUUUUGAAAAUGCUGUUCAGUACUUAUACUUGUUAAAGAACUUCUUGUGCAGAUUUGUUGCUAAAUUAAUUCAAUACCUUAGGUAAUAGUUGAAAUGAACUGACAUGCUACUUAAGUGUUGAUCUUAACUGAGUUGCAAUGACGUGACUAGACAGCUUCUUACAGAGGUUUUGAAGGAAGAUUAGGUUUUA